UUUCUUAUUUUAAAGGCUGAACAAGACAGGUGGUGGUGUUAGAAUAUUUGUGUACCUUGUUCUAUGAUAUAGAUCUAGAUGCCAGAGAAGACCUGGAGAUUCUCUUCAAUAACUAAGGACUUUGGGAUUCAAACUCAACUAACAUUCUCUUUCCCUUUAACUUGAACUUCAAAGGCACUGGAGCUUUGAAAAUGCUUGUGGAAUCCAUUUGGAGAAAUUGCUGUCAUCUUGACAUUCUGUGCUUUUUGUAAAAUUGUCCAGUCAGUGGAGUCUUGGGUAUAUACAUUACAUAACAUGCUGUUUGAACAGGUACAUAUAAUGAUUACUUCGUAUUUCUGAAUACACUGGCCACUCUCCUAAACUAUAGAGGCAAUCACAGUAAAAUAUUCCUUCCUGGAGGUUUUAUCACCCACACUACAUAGAUGGAGAAUAAAAGGAAUGUGACUGAAUUCAUUUUAAUAGGUCUUACACAGAACCCCAAAAUGCAGAAAGUCAUGUUUGUAGUAUUUUUGGUUCUGUACAUGAUAACACUUUCAGGCAAUCUGCUCAUUGUGGUUGCCAUUACCACCAGCCAGGCUCUGAGUUCCCCCAUGUACUUCUUCCUGACCCACCUUUCUUUGAUAGACACAGUUUAUUCUUCUUCUUCAGCUCCUAAGUUGAUUGUGGAUUCCCUUCAUGAGAAGAAAAUCAUCUCCUUUAGUGGAUGUAUGGCUCAAGCCUAUGCAGAACACAUUUUUGGUGCUACUGAGAUCAUUCUGCUGACAGUGAUGGCCUAUGACCGCUAUGUGGCCAUCUGCAAACCUCUGCAUUACACAGCCAUCAUGAGCCACAGUCUGUGCAUUCUCCUUGUGGCAGUUUCCUGGAUGGGAGGAUUUCUCCAUGCAACUAUUCAGAUUCUCUUUAUAGUAUGGCUGCCCUUCUGUGGCCCCAAUGUCAUCGACCACUUCAUGUGUGACUUGUACCCUUUGUUAAAACUUGUUUGCAUGGACACUCAUACCCUUGGUCUCUUUGUUGCUUCCAACAGUGGGUUCAUCUGCUUAUUAAACUUCCUUCUCUUGGUGGUAUCCUAUGUGAUCAUCUUGAGAUCUUUAAAGAACUAUAGCUUGGAGGGGAGGCGUAAAGCCCUCUCCACCUGUAUCUCUCACAUCACAGUAGUCGUCUUAUUCUUUGUGCCCUGUAUGUUUGUGUAUCUGCGCCCAGUGACCACUCUGCCCAUUGAUAAAGCUGUUGCAGUAUUUUAUACUAUGGUGGUCCCAAUGUUAAAUCCUUUGAUCUACACACUCAGAAAUGCUGAGGUAAAGAGCGCAAUAAGGAAGCUUUGGAGAAAAAAGUGAUUUCAGGUAAUGAUUAAAUAAGACUGUUGAGCACUCAGCAUAGAGGUAAUAGGUAUCUAAACUUCUUGAUUUGUAGAUGAAUAUAUUGACUCUAACAAGGGUUUGGAUGAUGUUGCAGAUAGUCCCUAAAGCAUAAAGCAAAAGUUUGGACUUUAAAGCUUACUGUUCUCUUAUUCCAUACUCCUGUCAUCCCCACUAUUGCUUUUUAAUCAGUAUGUAUUCAUCAAUUGCCUGGAAAUUUGAAACAUCUCUAGUUGUUAAAAAGUAUAAAUGUAGAAUAUUACAUUGACGUUGAAACAAUCUUAUGGUAUAAUGAGCUGUUGGUUACUGCUGAUUAUUGAAAUUUACAUGUUUAAUAAUAUUUCUUUGCUUUGGACUCUGGCUUAAUAUAUACACACUUUUGUAAAUUUUCUUGGUCACUAUACAUUGGUCAUAUUGUAAAAAGAUGUACUGUUCAUCAAAUGCCUGCAAGGUUGCAUUAUAUUAAGUUUUCCACACUGUAUCAGUUAGGGAUCACACAACUUCCCUGAUUUGAGCAGUGAAAAUUUAUAUAAAAUUAUUAAUUAUAUUGAGGGAUUAACUAUAAAGAAGUAAAGAAUGCCCUGUGACUGAG